AUGUCGACCUCCCAGGGUGUAGAGACUCAAACUCACCGGCACCCUCGCCGUCGAAUGAUGCUAUCGACUCCUAGCCCUCUAGGAUCUGAAGCCCACUCGAGUCCCCGUUUGCGAAAAGGCGAAACGUUUCAUUCCCCUCACAGCCCGCCCAGGAGCCGUGAUCCCUUGUUGCACUUCCCUUUGCUGCCUCGUCGCUCUCCUACCAGCCCCGAGGCCCUCGAAGCCAUCGCUACCGGUCAACAACGCAUGGCUAACCUUCUCGAUAACCUGGAAAACGAUAUGUCGCGGUCGGAGACUUCGGAUAACGAUGGCCCCUAUUCGCCUGCCUCUCGUCGGUCCCUGAGAGCCCCGGUCAAGCCGUCGAAUUUCGCAGAACUGUCCGACAAGGAAUCCGAACGCAGCCAGCCCGUUCUGCGGAAGCAGGCUUCGGCGAAGACUCGGCGAGUGAACUGUCAUGACUCGGACAGUGGCCUGGGAUCCUCGAUCCGUAGCGUCGAAACCGCGGCCUCCAAACAAAACAAGGUCACUACUGGCCCCCUGGCACAGACUAGUGCGGCUUUCUCUACUCGCAAGUUGAGCAACAAUGGCCGCCUGGCGAUCGAAGGCCGUAUUCUCUUCCCUUUGCUCAAGGAGGAGAAGUUCCGCCCAUACCACACUCUCGUCCGCCGAGCCCAUGAGCGCAUGGAGAAGGAUCAGAUUGUCUGCCUGCGUGAUCUCGAAAAGACCCUGCUCAUGUCCGCUCCUGACGUGAAAGCUCGCAUCAGAACCUACUUCGAAUUCUGCCAGGUCACUAUCUCUUGUCUGUUCGGCACCGUUCCCCAUCUCAACGAUCGGGACCUGCGUAUGCCAGCUGACCGGCCUUACACCAACGGCUACUUCCUCGACCUGGUCUCGCAAAUAAAUCGGUUCAAAUCCAUGCGAGAGGCGUCUCGCGGUCUCCAGCUCCGUGCGGAGGCACGUAAGAACGGUGACAAGGCUGAUGGUGUGAUGUAUGUUCCUAUUCCUUUUCACUUAGGAAGGUGCAGACCGGAGACUGACUUUUCAUUUUCUUAG